CUACUCUCACGCUCUCAUUUCACUACAACAGCCGGCGAACAGCAGAAGUCAGAGACAGAGCUGAGACACUCUAGAAACUAAAGUCCAACUCAGGACAGUUAGAGCUCGUCUACUUGUUGAGCCUUUUGGUGAAGGUGCCAAAACAACCGUGCGUAAUUACGCAUAAAAAACAAACAAUGAGUGCCACAGCAGCAAUGGAAGUGAACGCCGAAGCCAGACGGAUCCUGGCAGUGUCGAUAAGCAAGCUGUACGCCUCCAGGACCCAGAGAGGCGGACUGAGACUCCACCGGAGCCUCCUACUCUCCCUGGUCAUGAGGUCUGCCCGGGACAUCUAUCACUCCUCCCGGGAGAGCGAGGCGCCCAGCGGGCCGCAGCCAACACCGGAGGAGCCGAUGGACACCGGCUCCAGCAGCUCGGGGGAAGAAGCCGAGCUGCCCGAGCCCCAGCCUGAGCCCAAGCCCGCGCUGAGCCCCGCCGAGCCGCCCACAGAGGAGCCGGACAGCGCGGAGGAAGGGUGUGAUAGUGAAUCCACAGAGGACAAAGAGAACUUGAGUCCGGCGAGGCAGUCCAGGAAACGCCGGGGCAAGGCGUCGGCUGCGCCUGACUUCCUUCCCAGCAAGAGGGCGAGGCUGGAGCCCGGGGAGGAGCGGUAUGCGGCCCCGCUGGGCAGCUGUCGCGCCGGGGUCGGGGAGUCCCUGACUGCUUUGUCUCUAAAUCGGGUUAUACCUGCCUUCUGAGCAUAUGGAGGGAGAAAAUAGCCUCCAAUGAGACUUUGGAGUGGAGUGAUUCUUAACUCCUCGUCAACCUACAAGGGCGACUUGAUCCCUUUGCGCACCAAGGAGCUGACCUACAUCGGCGGUCCCGGGACAGAGGGAUUACCGGGGCCAUGGUGCGACCUCUCUGCUCGAUGUGAGUGCGCCUGCCGGGCUGGUAAAGCCCCUGCUGAGAUCAACAAGCCGAGAAGGAGAAGAAACAGAACAGAGAAGCAGGCCGAGGGGAGCUACAGGCCGGAAAGUUUGAGGAAAAAACUGAAGGGGGAACUGGUUGUGUUACUUUUUGUUUCCCUGUGAUUCACCUUCAGUUAAAUGAGUCCAAACAAGUGACUGGUGCUGACUCAAAGUGUGUGUAUGUGUGAAUCAGCAGAGAGUGAUCUGAGUCAGGCAGAGAAGAAGUGAAGUGGUAAAGGGUUGACCACAGAGCAACACACACACACACACACACACACACACACACACACACACACACACACACACACACAUACCUUGGACUUCAGGGAAUUUCCUGCCUGUGAACGGGGAUAUCAGACUCUAACAGUGAAAGAGGAAGGGCAGACACACAUUUACAGACACACACACACACACUCAGCUGCGGCUGUGGACUUUGAUGAAUCAAUACUACUGCUUUGGAUUGUCCUACAUAGACUGUUCACAUGGUGCUUUGAGAGAAAAAAGAAACAGACAGUCCACACGGUGUGAUCUAAACCGUCUGUGUUUUUAAAUCACUGAAAUGUUCUUGUUCAUGUCUGACCUGUGAAACAAUGACAUUACCUCAAAUUCCAAGCUGCUUUUUUAUUGUCGUGUAAUAUUUGUAAUAAAACUGUUGAAAUGGUA